CAUCUUCGCCUGCCGCGAUGCUACUGGCAUGAGCAUCCGGCUCCACGGGGCCUCCAAGCCCGCCACCGCCAUGGCCACCGCCGCGCUCUCCCUCCCACCAAUCCCCUGUCGAAUCCCUCCUUCCGCCCCACCCUCCGUCUCCCUGAAGCGGCUCUGCAAGGAAGGCAACCUGCGGGAAGCCCUCCACCUGCUCACCGCCCGGGCGCCGGGGCAGGGGCGGACCCCUCCUCGAGAGCACUACGGCUGGGUGCUCGACCUCGUCGCCGCCAGGAGGGCCUCCGCGGAGGGCAGGCAGAUCCACGCGUACGCCCUGGCCACCGGUUCUUUGGACGAAGACGAUGACGGGUUUCUUGCGACCAAGCUGGUGUUCAUGUAUGGCAGGUGCGGGUGCGUGGACGACGCGCGGCGCCUGUUCAACGGAAUGCCCGCGCGGACCGUGUUCUCCUGGAAUGCGCUCGUCGGGGCGUACCUCUUGUCCGGGAGCGCCGGAGAGGCCAUGCGGGUCUACCGGGCCAUGCGGGCGUCGGCGGCGCCGGGGGUGACGCCCGACGGGUGCACGCUCGCGUCGGUGCUCAAGGCGUGCGGGGUGGAGGGGGACGGGCGCUGCGGGCUCGAGGUGCAUGGGCUGGCGGUGAAGAGCGGGCUUGACAGGAGCACCCUUGUGGCCAAUGCGCUCAUCGGGAUGUAUGCCAAGUGCGGCAUGCUGGAUUCAGCGUUGCGGGUGUUUGAGUGGCUGCACGACGGGAGGGAUAUUGCGUCCUGGAACUCGGUUAUAACUGGCUGUGUGCAGAACGGGAGGAUCAUGGAAGCUCUGGGACUGUUUCGAGGGAUGCAGAGCGCCGGAUUUGGUAUGAAUUCUUACACGGCUGUCGGGUUGCUGCAAGUUUGUGCAGAGCUAACUCUGCUGAGUCUGGGCAGGGAGUUACAUGCAGCACUUCUCAAAUGUGGCAGCGAGUUCAAUAUUCAGUGCAAUGCUUUGCUUGUCAUGUAUGCGAAAUGUGGCCGGGUGGAUAGUGCUCUUAGAGUAUUCCGUCAGAUUGAUGAGAAAGACUGCAUAUCAUGGAAUUCGAUGCUCUCCUGUUAUGUGCAAAACUGUUUAUAUGCUGAGGCCAUCGAGUUUUUCAGUGAAAUGCUUCAACAUGGUUUUCAGCCUGAUCACGCCUGUGUUGUAAGCUUGUCCUCUGCAUUGGGACAUUUGGGUAGGCUAAACAAUGGCAGAGAGGUUCAUGCGUAUGCCAUAAAGCAGAUGCUUCAUACUGAUUUGCAGGUUGGGAAUACGUUGAUGGACAUGUACAUAAAGUGUGAUUCCAUAGAGUGUUCUGCACGAGUAUUUGAAAGCUUGAGUAUUAGAGAUCACAUAUCAUGGACAACCAUCCUUGCUUGUUUUGCUCAGAGUUCUCGGCAUUUAGAAGCACUGGGAAUGUUUAGAGAAGUGCAGAAAAAAGGGAUUAAGGUGGAUUCUAUGAUGAUUGGAAGCAUUUUAGAAACAUGUAGUGGUUUGAAAAGCAUCCCACUGCUAAAGCAAGUGCAUUCUUAUGCUAUUAGAAAUGGGUUGCUUGAUUUGAUACUGAAGAAUAGAAUGAUAGAUAUAUAUGGGGAGUGCGGAGAGGUUUGUCAUUCACUAAAUAUAUUUCAGAGGGUAGAGAACAAGGACAUCGUUACUUGGACUAGUAUGAUAAACUGCUGUGCAAAUAAUGGGAUGCUAAAUGAAGCUGUUUCCCUAUUUGCUGAGAUGCAAAAGGCUAAUAUUCAACCUGAUUCUGUAGCACUAGUAAGUAUUUUGGUGGCUAUUUCUUGUUUGUCAUCCUUGACAAAAGGAAAACAAGUUCAUGGCUUUCUUAUCAGAAGGAACUUUCCUAUGGAAGGUCCUGUGGUUAGUUCCCUCGUGGACAUGUAUUCUGGUUGCGGAAGCAUGAACUACGCUCUCAGAGUAUUCGAUGGGGCGAAAUUUAAAGAUGUGGUUCUUUGGACAGCAAUGAUUAAUGCUACUGGGAUGCAUGGACAUGGCAAGCAAGCCAUAGAUCUUUUUGAGAAAAUGCUACAGACCGGUCUAGCUCCUGAUCAUGUUUCUUUUCUUGCUCUGCUGCAUGCUUGUAGUCAUUCGAAGCUUGUCGAUGAAGGUAAAUAUUAUCUGGAUAUGAUGACGAACAAGUACAGGCUAAAACCAUGGCAGGAGCACUACGCCUGUGUGGUUGAUAUUCUUGGCCGCUCAGGCCGGACUGAGGAGGCUUACAAGUUCAUCAAGUCUAUUCCUAUGGAACCAAAAUCUGUGGUGUGGUGUGCACUCCUUGGGGCAUGUCGUGUCCACAAGAACCAUGAGCUUGCUGUGGUUGCAGCCAAUAAGCUUCUUGAGCUGGAACCAGACAACCCAGGCAAUUAUAUUCUUGUAUCAAAUGUUUUCGCUGAGAUGGGCAAGUGGAACAAUGUCAGGGGGGUUAGAGCCAGGAUGACAGAACGGGGGUUGAGAAAAGAUCCGGCAUGCAGCUGGAUUGAGAUUGGGAAUAAUGUCCACACUUUCACCGCAAGAGACCACUCUCAUAGAGACUCAGAGGCAAUCCAUUCCAAGCUUGCCGAAAUAACAGAAAAACUGAGGAAAGAAGGCGGGUAUGCUGAGGACACAAGGUUUGUUCUUCAUGAUGUGAGCGAAGAAGAGAAGAUAGAUAUGUUGCAUAAACAUAGUGAGAGGCUCGCAAUAGCAUUGGGCUUGAUCAGCACUAGUCCAGGUACACCUCUUAGGAUAGCCAAGAACCUCAGGGUGUGUGGCGACUGCCACGAGUUCACGAAGCUAGUAUCCAAACUGUUUGAAAGGGAGAUCGUGGUCCGAGAUGCCAACAGAUUCCAUCAUUUCAGUAGUGGUUCUUGUUCUUGUGGAGACUUCUGGUGAAUGUGACUUAAACCAUACAACUACAGAACAUUCGUAUCCUGUUGGCUGAGAGAACACACCAGAGACCAGAGUCAAGAUUAAUGAAUUGGGUAAGCAUGGUUAAGACCAGAAAUGGUCUGUCCUGCCAAGUGCUGAAGAUGCAGCAUGCACUUCUGAUCUGCAGAGGCAGCAACAGAGAAAGAAACCACUCGUCAUUAGCAGUUCAGUAGGGCUGUUUCCUAAAGGAUUGAGGCAAUGCAAUGUAACUGAUUCUCCUUUUUCUUUCAGUCUUUAAUAUAGUUAGCUUCUGUUCAUAAAGUUGUGAGGUCAAUAGUUUCUGGAUACCAUACCAGCAAAAGAACUACUCCUUGUAAUUUUUUUUUUUGAACCAAAAUGGAUUAGCUGUAUUUGUCUGGCCAUCCCAAGUGAACCAAAAGAGGCAACUUGGUGGCUGUCACUGGAUACUAUGGGGGCGGCCUUGCCAUGAUCGCCAUCGUGAAAUUGGGAUGGCCAGACGAACAAUGAAUAUGGCAGAACUACUGGUGAACUGGAUGGAAUCUUCUCCUAUCUAAUUGCGCCAUAUU